AUGUCCUCAUUGACUGUCACAAGCAGCGCCCUUGAACGGGCCAAAAGGUCGCGUGAUUGGUCUUUGGGGCUUAUCUUUCUGCUUUGUGUUGUGUGCCUUUGGGUCCUGUCGUCUGUGCUGCUAAACGACCUUUUUGAAAAGGACAUAUACUCAAAGCCGUUUUUCAUCACAUGGAUCAACACCGCGGCUUUUGCGCUCUACCUCAUUCCUUACCAUAUUCUAGGCCCUCUAGAACAGGAACACACUAACGAUCAUUUGCCUUUAACUCCAAAAGAAACUAUCCAGCUGGCAUUCUGGUUCUGCACACUGUGGUUUCUUUCUAACCUUGUCAACAACGCUUCUCUACUUUAUACAUCUGUGUCUUCGCAAACCAUUUUGUCCUCAACAUCUUCCUUCUUUACAAUACUGAUUGGCGCACUGUUCGCCAUAGAGAGAAUAAACAACACGAAAAUUGUGUCUAUUGUUGUGUCAUUUCUCGGUGUUAUCCUCGUGACCAAAAACGACGACCCAUCAGUUUCCAAGACCAGAGACUCUGUCAUCUUGGGUAAUGUACUUGCAUUAUCUGGGGCAUUACUUUACGGAAUCUACUCAAUCCUGCUGAAGCUGAAAAUAAAGAACGAUAGCAGGAUUGACAUGAGACUGUUCUUUGGGUUUGUGGGAGUGUUCAACCUGCUAUUUUUGUGGCCUCCGCUCAUUUUACUGGAUAUAAUGGGAGUGGAAACAUUUGAGCUACCGAGAAGCCCAUAUGUUUUCUUUGUCGUGAUCUUCAAUUGUGCUAUUUCAUUUUUGGCAGAUUUCCUUUGGGCCCGUGCAAUGCUUCUAACCUCGCCGUUGACUGUAACUCUUGGACUGUCGUUGACUAUCCCCGUGGCUAUGGUGUGUGAUUUUGUUUUCAAACAUAAGCUAAAUUCAUGGGUGUACAUAUUGGGAGCGUUACUGAUAUGUUUAUCAUUCUAUUUCGUUAACAAGAGCGAAAGUGAAGAGGAGGAGAUCUAG